AAGGUCAACAUGUAUCACAAAUUUCAGAUCUCUGGCAAAGUCUUCAUGGCUUUGGGUUUGAAGAUGAAGAUUCUGAUAACAGUCCUCUUUAGUUGUGUACUAAUUUGGUCUACAAUGUUAUUAUCAUCCUCAAACAACAACUUCAAGAACUAUUUUCUUGAUGAUACAACCAGCGAUUCAAAGGAAACACCGAGAGAUAAAUUGUUAGGUGGCCUUUUAACCGCUGAUUUUGAUGAAGGUUCUUGCUUGAGUAGGUAUCAUAAAUCUUUCUUGUAUCGCCAGCCUUCCCCAUACAAGGCUUCUGAAUAUCUAGUCUCUAAGCUUAGAAGCUAUGAGAGGCUACACAAACGUUGCGGUCCAGACACAAACGCUUACAAGAAAGCCACAGAAAAUCUUGUUCGCGAUGAGAAUUAUGCAAGCAAAUCUGUUGGUGAAUGCAGAUACAUUGUGUGGGUCGCGGGUUACGGGCUUGGAAACCGAAUGCUAACUCUUGCUUCUGUGUUCCUUUACGCUCUCUUGACAGAGAGAAUCAUUCUUGUUGACAACCGCAAAGACGUUAAUGAUAUCUUAUGCGAGCCGUUUCCAGGUACUUCAUGGUUGCUUCCUCUUGACUUUCCCCUGAUGAAUUAUACUUAUGCUUAUAGCUACAACAAGGAAUACCCUCGUUGCUAUGGAACAAUGGUGAAAAAUCAUACCAUCAACUCGACUUCGAUCCCGCAUCAUCUAUAUCUUCAUAACCUCCAUGACUCAAGGGAUGAAGAUAAGAUGUUCUUUUGCGAAAAAGAUCAAAGUUUGAUCAACAAAGUCCCUUGGUUGAUUAUUCAAGCCAAUGUCUACUUCGUUCCAUCUCUAUGGUUUAAUCCAACGUUCCAACCCGAACUGAUGAAGCUGUUCCCGCAGAAGGAUGCCGUGUUUCACCACUUGGCGCGUUAUCUUUUUCACCCGACCAAUCAAGUUUGGGGUAUGAUCACUAGGCACUACCAUGCUCACUUAGCAAGAGCAGACGAGACACUCGGGAUUCAAAUACGGGUUUUCAGAAAAGACGCUGGAUAUUUCCAACACGUCAUGGACCAGAUCGUAAGUUGUACACAAAGAGCAAAACUGUUGCCUGAAUUGGCCGCACAAGAGGAAACACAAGCCAACAUGACCUAUACCCCGAAGGUUAAAGCUGUUCUUGUCACAUCUCUGUAUCCAGAGUACUCUGACAACUUAAAGAACAUGUUUUGGGAGAGACCAAGUUCGACAGGAGAGAUUAUUGAAGUUAGUCAGCCAAGUGGAGAAAGGGUUCAGCAAACAGACAAGAAGCUUCACGACCAAAAGGCGCUUGCGGAGAUGUAUCUUCUGAGCUUAACCGAUAACAUUGUCACAAGUGCAUGGUCUACAUUCGGAUAUGUUUCUUAUAGUAUUGGAGGAUUAAAGCCAUGGUUGCUUCAUACGCCAAGGGGUAACAAAACUCCUGAUCCACCGUGUGUUCGGUCCACGUCGAUGGAGCCUUGUUACCUGACUCCCCCGUCUCAUGGAUGUGACGCUGACUGGGGAAAAAACUCGGGCAAGAUUUUUCCCUUUGUUAAGAGUUGUGAGGAUGUUGUAUAUAGUGGCCUCAAGCUACAUGAUGAAUUAUAAAUCUUUUUUAUCACAGCUCAUUUCAUUAGAUUGCUGAG